AUGACAAACCAUAUCGUCGAGAUCGGCCUUGAAGACUUCAUGGCAGAGUUUGUUCCCGGUCCUGAUCCGUCAUAUGAAGAAAGGUCCAAUUUCCAGAGUUUUGAAUGCGUAAAGCUUGACGGGCUCGAGACUGAUAUGUAUCCUGGUUUGUGUAAGGUUUUUCAAUCUGUUCUAAACGCCGUCCCUCAGAGUGGCCUCACUGCCAGAGACACUGGCGAGUACCUGGACGUGACUGGUAGCGAAGUAGCAAGCGACGAGAAUAUCACCAAAUUCGGCAUUGGGAUCUAUCCUACAACCGCCGCUGCGAAGGAAGCUUACUCUGUUCCGACGAAACAAUUGAUGCGGGGCAAAUCGGCUCAACGCCAGAAGUACUACAUGGCGAGAGUCUCCUGGGCUUGGACUUGUGUACCUAUAGAGGCCAAGAGUAACCACCAGAGAUCAGCUUUCGAGUUCAAUGACCCUGGGGCACAUUUUCUUCAUGCUCAUUCGCACGAUGGCUUACGGACCUUGGGACAGAUCACCGAGCAUGCGGCCCAGAUACUCCUUCGCCAGCACCGCCUCUUUUGCCUCAUGGUUUUCAUCUGCAAAUCCGGUGCCCGUCUAAUCCGCUGGGACCGCGCUGGCGGAAUCGUCUCCAAAAGUUUCGACUACAUUCAGGAACCAGAGACGCUACAUACGUUCAUGUACAGGGUCGGGAAGAUGAACGACUCUCAGCGGGGCUACGAUCCUACUGCCAUCCUUGCCACACCUGAAGAAGUGGCGGAGAUGAGGAGUUGCGAGAGCCGGCUGAACGAAUAUCACAAAGAAUGUUUGCGAGAGGCCAUGUUGGACGGUUGGCCUAUUUACAAGAUCGAGUUCAAGGCGGACGAUGUACUCAGUGAAACCGGUAAAACUGUCUCACCUCCAUCGACGUCGAAGAGGCACUAUCUGGUAGGGCGUGCACGGUCCUCAAGCAGUUCUCUCACAGGCCGCGCGACAAGAGGUUAUGUGGCAUAUGACAUGGCCACGCAACGACUAGCGUUUCUCAAAGAUACUUGGCGCACUGACUCGGACAAGGUCAAACCUGAACGAGAGGUGUAUGAACGAUUAUAUCAAAAGGGAGUCCGGGAGAGGAUCGCGACCCUCAUUUGUGGUGGCGACGUUGGCGAAUCGGUUCAGAAGACUCGUACGCAGGAAUUUAACGCCCGGAUAAUGGGUCGGAUUCACUACCGGAUCGUUGUGAAAGACGUCGGCCGUCCGCUGGAGGACUAUGCUGAUGUUCGAGAGAUGAUCUUGGUUGUUCGUGAUGCGGUCAUAGCCCACCGUGAUGCAUGGGUAUCAGCUGCGAUACUCCAUUGUGACGUCAGCGCCAACAAUAUCCUGAUUUCUCAGGACCCCGAUGCCGAAGGAUAUCUAACAGGCACCUUGUCUCCUGCCGGAUUCUUGAAUGAUUGGGACAUGUGCAAAUACAAGGAACAUCUUGACAAAGGUGCCUCGCAAAAUACUCGCUCGGGUACUUGGCAAUUCAUGUCUGCUCUGUUGCUCCGUUAUCCGACGGUCAAGGGGCAUGAAGUUUCUGAUGACAUGGAAUCGUUUGUUCACCUGGUGCACUGGUUAGCACUCAAAUACCACCCGCAUGAUCUUUCAGGUUCGCCUCUCCGGACCCACAUUGAAUCAACCUACAAUGAAUGUGAUCGCACACUUGCUGGCCACUACGUCGGUGGUACUUACAAGUUCUCGACUAUUAAGGCAGGACUGGUACCAUUCGAUGUUUCAGGCAACCCCGCGUUGAGUAACCUUCUUCGCUCUCUGAUCGAACUUUGUCGUAGACAUUAUGCUGCCAUUGACAUUGAUGCAUUGGGACCGAUUCAUGGAGCAACCACUACUACUCCCUCCGCACCGGUCACAUUUCGCACUGAACUCCCACCUGGCUUUGACAUUGUGACACCUGCGGCUUUAAUUCCUCGACCUUCUGAUGGGCAGCUCCUCUUGGCCGACCACCAUGCAGUCUAUGUUGCUUUCACUGCAGUCGUGAGAGACAACGGGCCGUUCUGGGUUAGUGACAAGGUUGAAAACAAAUUCAAACCGUUUACGAAGGGAAAGUCACUACAAGAAUCUUUCCAGACAGGCACAAGUGUAGGCAGCGAAGGAAAGGCAGAUGACUUUACCGAAGAUUCAGCCAAGCGACAGAAGACGCAAGGAUCGAAGUCGGGUGCUUGCUCAUCUCGCUCAAGAGCUACUGGAAGUUUGGGUUUGAACGCCUCUCAGCUGGACUCGAUGGAUGAAGGUCAAGACUCGGAGGACUGA